UAUAAACAACCUUAAAAGGAAAUUAAAAGACUUGUGAACUCUGUAUUACAUGCAAUUUUCUCACACACACACUUCCACAAACCAAACCCCCAAACCCUAAAUACCUACAAAAGGGCAAAAUAAGAAGAACAAGAACAAGUACUUAAGCAAGAAAUGGGGAGAGGCAAGAUAGAAGUGAAGAGGAUCGAAAAUAACACGAGCCGUCAAGUCACUUUUUCUAAACGACGAGCUGGCUUGAUCAAGAAAACCCACGAACUUUCGGUUCUUUGCGAUGCGCAAAUCGGGCUCAUUGUCUUCUCCAGCAAGGGCAAGUUGACUGAGUAUUGUACCCCUACACUAUGCAUGAAGCAGAUCAUAGACAGAUAUGUAAAAACUAAGGGAAUCCUCAUACCCGAGCACGAAAACCGGUCUGGGCCGGUUCCAUACAAUGACCAAUAUUACAAAGAGUUAACCCGAAUGAAAAACGAGACGCUUAGUCUUCAGCUGAGCCUUCAGAGGUAUAAAGGCGAUGAUUUAAGCAGCGUGCAGUUUGAGGAGCUUAACGAGCUCGAGCAACAGCUUGAACACUCGGUUCGUAAGGUUCGAGCUCGCAAGUUUCAGCUUCUUCAAGAACAGCUAGAAAAUCUGAAGAGGACGGAAGUGCUGAUGGAGAAAGAGAAUCAAGAAAUGUAUAAUUGGCUGAUGAGCAAUCAAAUCCAGAAGCAAGUUGAAAUCGAGCAGCAACAACAACAACAUGAACUAAAGUUGCUUGAAGAACAACCUAAUUUGCUCCAAAAUCAGUUUGCAUUUUUUGGAGAUGAACUUCACCUUGGAUCAACUUUGCCUCUUAUGAACACAAACUCCUCGUCGGCUUAUCGGCUGCAGCCCACACAGCCGAACCUUCAAGAUUUCGGCUUACAAUCGACCGGAAACAUAGGAAAAAUAAGAAAUCUCUGGCAGGUAUUUGUGAUUUUAAAAGAUGAAAGUGACUAUGCAACAUCUAUUGGAAUUAUUUUCUAUGAUGGGGAAAUUUGGGGCCUACUGAUAUCAAGUAACUAUUGGUUUUACGAGAUAACGGCAGAUAUUAUGGGGAUGUGGGAUCUUUUACAACUUCUCACCACAUGUUUCUUCUAUCUCUUUCUCUCUAGUCAGAAAACGACUCAAGCCACCUCCCACAUUUUCAGAUGGAGACUGGUUUCGGGGGAUUUUUCCGCCGAACACGAUCGUUAUCGUUGGUUUUUUUACGUCGUUUAUGGAAAAGGGCAAAGGCAAAAGACCCCACACAAAGGAUGA